CACACCCACCUCCCUUUGACAGUGACCGACCUGGAGAUCAAGUUCCAGUACCGUGGCCGUCAGGUCUGUGUCCUCACCAUCAGCAACCCCCACGGUUGUCGCCUCUUCCACAGCAGCCUGGAGCCCACCCAGGAGCAGGUGGAGCUCUUUGGACCACUGACCUUGGAGCAGGUCCGCUUCCCACCCACCGACAUCAUCCCCAACGAGAAGCAAAGGUUCUACACCCACCAGCUCCUGGACGUGCUGGACCGUGGGCUCAUCCUGGAGCUGCAGGGACAGGACAUCUACGCCAUCCGCCUCUGCCAGUGCAAGGUCUUCUGGACAGGACCUUGUGCCACCCACCACCCUGGUCCCAACCCCAUCGAGAGGGAGAAGAAGACCAAACUCUUCAGCCUGGAGGGGUUUCUCAAUGGCCUCAUCCUCUUCCAGAAGGGCCAGACCACCACCCCCCCACCCUUCGAGAUCUUCUUCUGCUUCGGUGAGGAGUGGCCAGACCAGAAGCCCAAGGAGAAGAAGCUGAUCACGGUGCAGGUGGUGCCCGUGGUGGCCCGGUUGCUGCUGGAGAUGUUCUCAGGAGAAUUGUCCUGGUCAGCAGACAGCAUCCCCCUGCAGAUCUCCCACCCUGACCUGAAGGACAAGAUGGUGGAACAGUUCAAGGAGCUCCACCAGCUUUGGCAGAACCAGCAGCAGAUGCCACCAGCACAACCCGAGCUGGGUCCCACCACCGGACCUUGGGUGAUGCCACCAGGCUCCCUGCCCCAGUGA